UGUGUUUUAUUUUGAACAUAGUGAGCGGACGUGGUGAAGCUAGCUUGACGUGCUCUUCCUAUAGUUUCUUUUCUGUUUACUGGGCUGUGAAAGAGGUCGAAAAGAAGAUUUGUUUACUGACUUUUACAUUAACAAAGAAGAUCGAGGAACAGCCAUGGCUCUCACCGAUGCUGACGUUCAAAAACAGAUCAAGCACAUGAUGGGCUUCAUCGAGCAGGAGGCCAAAGAGAAGGUGGAGGAAAUUGAUGCAAAGGCGGAGGAGGAGUUCAACAUCGAGAAAGGUCGCCUGGUGCAGACUCAGCGAGUGAAAAUCAUGCAAUACUACGAGAAGAAAGAGAAGCAGAUCGAACAACAUAAGAAAAUACAGAUGUCCAACCUGUUGAACCAGGCGAGGCUGAGGGUGCUGAAGGCCCGAGAAGACAUGAUCAUGGACUUGUUGAACGAGGCUCGUCAAAAACUCACAGAGACUGUCAAGGAUCCUGUGAGGUACUCGGCCCUGUUGGAAGGCCUGGUGCUUCAGGGAUUUUAUCAACUGCUGGAACCAAAGGUGACGGUUCGCUGCAGACAGCAGGAUGUAGAGAUGGUUCAGGCUGCAAUCGAUAAGAACAUCCCGAUCUAUAAAGACGCAGUGAAGAGCAACAUCGUGGUCAGGAUCGACCCAGAGCGUUUUCUCUCUUCAGAGAUCUGCGGAGGAGUUGAAGUGUACAACGCUAACGGGAAGAUCAAAGUUUCAAACACGUUGGAGAACAGGCUGGAACUGAUAGCUCAACAGAUGAUGCCUGAAAUCAGAGUGAACUUGUUUGGUGCCAACCCCAACCGCAGGUUCAUGGAUUAACGGCGGCUUUGCAGAAAGGAUACAGGCGUGCACAGGUGGUGCAUUUCAGGUGACACGAGACCAUCUUCAUCACAGUGAGCGAGAGUUAGUUUCAAUCACCCACCAAUCAGGAGGAGGCUCAAAGAGAGCCCUGAAUUACUUGUGUUUUUAUUUGUGUACUAAUGGGCUGAGUCUUCAACAGGUUCUCUUUUUAUUUGAACCUCUCGGGGUUUUCCAAAGGACUGCUUUGGAUUUUAGAUGAAAUGCGUUUCAUUAUAGGAAGUCUGUUGCAAUUAAGUUCUUAAUAAGAGUAAUCAAAGUUAAGGUCACCAAAGACACAUUCGUUACAUGUUUUCUAUAUUUUUGUAAACUGACUCAAUUCUCUUGUAUGUUUGCAUAUAUUUUUUAUAAGUAUGUGUGCGUGUGUGUGUUGUUCUAAGGCACUUAAAAAAAACAGAGAAAUAAAUGUGUGACACGGACAAAUCCA